AUGACAGGAUUUUGCAACAAACAAGAACGAUUCCUGUAUUUCCAGAACGUGUAUUUUGAGAUCGAAUGGGCCGCAAAAUUUGGGGAUAGAUCGUCGAAGAGGAAAACACAGUACAAGCCGGAUUUGAAAUUACUGACUCCACUUGUGGCAUGGGACAAGAACAGCAAGGGCAACGAAAUGUUCAAGGACAACGAGGACUUCGAAAGGUACAAGGACGAUAAGGACUACGAUAUUCUGUGCUGCGACAAAGAAGGUCACAUCCGUAUCAUUUCACGAAGUGACAACGCUCUCGAACUCUCCGAAUCAUGGAAUAUCGAAACCAUGGAUGGCAGCUCAACUCGAUUUGCGGUCGAUCAGCUCAACAGAAAACUGAUUUAUCAGUCAAAACUUGGCGAUAUACGAGGAGUGGAGAUUGGCGGGCAAGAUUUGGUCGGCGAUUUGCUGGUGGCGUCGAAGCAAGUCUCGGAAGAAAUUGAUCCUCGUGAGAUUGCCCCGUUGCGGGAUGAGCACUCGCCACAGGGCAGUAGUAGCGAGAGCAGAAGAGAUUUCUGA